AUGGGUUGGAUCAUCCGCCACAAUGUCAACGAAAAUCCUCCUGAAUUCUUAUGCCCUAAUUACAGUUCUGGGUCACAAUUUUUCACCAUACGGAUGUACCAUUCUGGAAAAUUCGUAAAAUAUGGCACCAGGUAUUAUGUUGGGGAAAACAUGAGAGUGAGUCAUAUUGAUUUUUGUGACCCGGAUGAAAUGUCAUUUUUGGAAAUCAUUAAUAUUACUUGGGAUUUGGGUUUAAAGGAAUGCAAGAAGUUUCACGUGAGUACAAAUGGGAUAGAUAAUUGCAGUUCUUUGUUUGAGAUUCAAAAUGAUUCUGAUGCUUUGAAUUUGGUUAACUUUUUGGAUGAGAAUAGGGUGGUAGGCAUUUAUAUUGAGCAUCAAAACAGUACAUUGAGCACCAUUGCAUCUGAACUGCGCAAUGAUUACUUUCCUAUAUGCCGCAAAAAAGGUCACAAUGCUAGAGGUUGUCCACUGGUAAAAGAAAGGCUGGACACAAGUUCAGGCUUGGAUAUUCCCCCGCUCAAUGAAGAAAUACAAACACUUCCAAGAAAGGGUUCCAAAAGGAAUAGUUCUGGUCUUACAUCUUUCGAGCAGCCCGAAAAGGUUUCUCGGAACAUGCAAAAACAGAAUAAAACACAGGGAGUUAGAAAAAAACUACAAGUAAGCAAAAACCAAAUGGAGGUUAAACACAAAGAUCAACAGAUUGAGCUAAUGUCGAACCUCGAGGAUCAAAACCUACAUGCAUAUGGAGAUCGCUAG